CAGUAGCCUUACAGCCUUUGUGUGGAAGGUUUAAAUCAAGCUGUCUUGUUGCCAUUAUAAAUCAGAAUGGUCCAGCUUUGUUCAAGGAUUUAAUAGCAGCACUAAAACAGUAAUCGGAUUAGGAGGCUUGCAAGAGAAGCUCACCGCCUGAAGAGCAGAUAAAGGAAGUCUGAAUUCAGACUCGACAGAGAGUUAAGGCAUUGAACUGUGCAAAGCAGCAGCUGCUACAACAGCAGGAGCAGUAAGGCCAGUCCCAGGUUCUUCUGUCUUUGGAUAUUUCUGAAAUGCCUGCAGAUUUCAAUGGUUACUGGAAAAUGUUGAGCAAUGAAAAUUUUGAAGAGUAUCUGAAAGCCUUAGAUGUAAAUGUUGCUGUGAGGAAAAUUGCCAACUUGCUAAAACCAGACAAAGAGAUCAUUCAGAAUGGAGAUCAUAUGAUCAUUAAAACUUUGAGCACUUUCAGGAACUACAUCAUGGAAUUUGAUGUAGGGAAGGAGUUUGAGGAGGAUUUAUCUGGCGUGGAUGAUCGCAAAUGCAUGACUAACGUGACUUGGGAUGGAGAUAAACUUCUUUGUGUACAGAAAGGGGAAAAGGAAGGACGUGGAUGGACUCAGUGGAUCGAAGGAGAUGAACUGCACCUGGAAAUGAGAGUAGGCGAUGUCAUGUGCAAGCAAGUCUUUAAGAAGGUCCAGUGAACUUCUUCGGCCAAGAUGCUCGUCCUCUGCAGGAGAACAGAACAGAAAUCAUGGAUGUCUCCAAGCUUCUCCUCAUUUUAGUGUGCAGGUGUUUUCUUGAGAUUGUAACACUUCUGUUUUAUCUGUAGUCAGGACUCGUCCCUUGCUUUCACAGAUUUCCCUUGCUGAAAACAUGAAGGAUCUCUUCUUUCUGAACAUUAUUGUCAUUAGAAAGUUUAAAGAAAAAUGUUUAAAACUACUGUUUAUGGGUUUUUCUUCAACUGUACUAAGUGGUCCACAUCGUCAGUCAAUCAAUCAAUCAUUCAUCCUUAGUUGGGGAAAAGGUCCGUAAAAUAAUUGAACCAGCCUAAGGCUUAGAGACAGUGGACCAAUGAGGCAUCUCAAGACAGAAUUAAUAGAAUUAUUUGUCUAGGGUUGCUACAUUUCAAAUGUUCCCAAGGUCGAAUUGGAGAAAGAGAACUUUCUAUACAGCUCUUUGGAUCUCGGGGCAUUUGUUACACAGUGAUGGAGUGAAAAAUAAAGUAAUCUCACACACUU